GAUAAGAUAGGUCACGUUUGUUAGUUAAUGUUUACAAGCUAUUAAAAUUUGGAAGUAAACAAGAAUUGUUUAGGAAAAAUGUACAUGUUUAUUAUUUUCUUUUGUGUGUUGUUUGGAAGGACAUCUGCUUUCUUCAAUAAUGGUAUGCCAUGUGACGUCAUCUUAAGUUUUAAUUGUGACAGAUUCAGUGUUGAUACGGAUGAAAGAAUAUGUGACACAAACGGAUUCUUGUAUCACAACUUCUGCGCAUUCGAUCAAGCCGUUUGUAAAGACAGCACAUUAGAGAUAGACUCGUCAUUCUCAUGUUUACUGUCGCCAGCAACUGCAACGGUAAAACCACCAACAACCACAACGAUUAAGCCACCGACAACAGCAACGAUUAAGCCAGCGAUAACCACAACGGUUAAGCCACCGACAACCGCAACGGUUAAACCAUCGACAACAGCAACGGUUAAGCCAACGACAACCACAACGGUUAAACCACUGACAACAGCAACGGUUAAACCAUCGACUACCAUAAUGGUAAAACCAACGACAACCGCAACGGUUAAACCACUGACAACAGCAACCGUUAAACCAACGACAACCGCAACGGUUAAACCACUGACAACAGCAACGGUUAAACCACCGACUACCAUAACGGUAAAACCAACGACAACCGCAACGGUUAAACCACUGACAACAACAACGGUUAAACCACCGACAACCACAACGGUUAAGCCACUGACAACCGCAACGGUUAAACCACCUACAACCACAACCAAAACGACGACGACGAGUGGCACAAAAAUGUCUACAACAGCACAAAUCUUAAUGACAGGAACAACGGCUAUACCAACAACAAAAACCUCAACGACACCAAAGCCCCAACCAACGACUCCACAGCCUAAUUCAACGACACCAAAGCCACAAUCAACGACUAAACAACCGAACACAACGACACCGAAAACAAACUCAACUGCACCAUUAACCACAAUGGGCAGGACAACAGCACUGCCAAAUGAUUCUGGACCAUCGACAGCCCGGCCUACACGUAGUCUGUUAGAACAAAUGUUUUGUGACAAUAAGAAUACCAUUGUAUGUCAUGAGGAUCGAAACAAAGUAUGUGGUACCGAUGGCGUUACGUAUGAUAACAAUUGUGAGUUUGCCAAAGUACAGUGUGACAAUAUCUACUUACAAAUAAAGAACACUGGAGAUUGCAGUUCAUAGACUAUUUCACUCAAAUAAAUAUACUGAUUUAAAA